CAAACUUCUGCCUCCGGAGCCAAACGACUAGUCGAGCAGCGACAGUAGUCUUCCUUCUUCCAGAUAGAUCUCGCUCGAAACACCUGGGCAGAAAAAAAAAAGAGAAAAAAUACGACGCUUGAGGACUACAAGAAAAAAAGGUAUUGUUAACAAGCUGAGACAAGCCACAGACGGAACCCAUGGCCCGUCCUCGACUAACCAGUAGAGCAAGCUGACGCUCACCAUCGAUGUGUGUAUGCUGUUGUCAUUGCCCAAAUACGUUUCUCGCUUGAAACAAUACGCGUUAAUACGUUGUGGUUGGGCAUCAAAGAAAAGAUGGAGCCCUCGUGUCUGGAGCUGGCCUUGGAAGGCGAAAGGCUCUGUAAGGCGGCCAAUUAUCGUGCCGGCGUGUCUUUCUUUGAGUCUGCCAUCCAGGUGGGAACGGAGGACCUCCAAAUCCUCAGCGCCAUCUACAGCCAGCUCGGCAACGCUUACUUUCACUUGCAGGAGUAUAACAAAGCCUUGGAGUACCAUCGGCACGAUCUCACGCUUACCAGGACAAUUGGCGAUGAAGUCGGCGAGGCCAAAGCCAGCGGCAACCUUGGCAACACGUUAAAGCUUCUAGGGCGCUAUAAUGAAGCCGUGGUUUGCUGCCAAAGACAUUUGGACAUCGCCAGAGCCAUGUGUGACAAGGUUGGGCAGGCCCGAGCGCAGUAUAAUUUUGGGAACGUCUACCACGCCAAGGGUAAAAGCAUCUGCUGGUCGGGGACAGAGCCAGGAGAGUUUCCAGAGGAAGCCAGGAUCGCCCUGAGGAAAGCUUCACAGUACUAUGAAGCCAAUCUGUGCUUGGUGAAGGAGUUGGGAGAUCAUGCGGCCCAGGGGCGCACCUAUGGGAACCUUGGCAAUACCUAUUAUCUGCUGGGCGACUUUGAGACUGCGGUGGCAGCACAUGAAAAGCGCCUUCUGAUUGCCAAAGAAUUUGGAGACAAGUCUGCUGAAAGGAGGGCACACUGUAACCUUGGCAAUGCUCAUAUAUUCCUUAGCCAGUUUGAAGUGGCGGCCGGUCAUUACAAGAGAACUCUGCAGCUGGCCAGGCUUUUGAAGGACAAGGCGGUGGAGGCCCAAGCCUGUUACAGUCUGGGCAACACCUACACGCUCCUUCAGGACUAUGAGAGAGCCAUUGAUUAUCACCUCAAACAUUUGCUCAUUGCUCAGGAGCUCAACGACAGGAUUGGUGAAGGAAGGGCAUACUGGAGUCUAGGAAACGCCCACACCGCCCUGGGGAACCACGAGCAAGCUAUGCACUUUGCAGAAAAACAUCUGGAAAUUGCCAAAGAGACUGGAGACCAAAGCGGUGAGGCGACUGCACGGAUGAAUUUGUCAGACCUCCGGCUAGUCGUGGGUCUGAAGUCCAACAUCUAUCCCAACAUCUUCAGCAAAGCAAACACUCCUCUGUCAGCGAGCCACCAGAGUUACCUCAACAUGUCGGGGAGAAAGUCACCAUCAAGGAGGCAAGGCAGUACAGAGACCCUGGACAGUCCAACUCAAACUGGAGAUUUCACCUUGCAUUCGAACUGGGAGGAAGAGAGACUCUCGAGGACUUCAAAAAAUAACACCAUAAAGGCUUCCACUAAGCUCUUCCUCUUCCACCGACUAAAAAGCAAGAAGCAUAAAAGCAACACAUUUCCAAAAGAGCAGCCUGACAACAUGUCGGAGCGUUCAUUGCCUGAUUUGGACCCGCCGCUGUCUCCAAAGCCAGCGUCGCACGAUACGAUCGGGGAGGACGGCUUUUUCGACCUCCUCUCUCGUUUCCAGGGCAACCGAAUGGAUGACCAAAGGUGCUCCCUUUUAGACGGCUCAAGGCAUCAGCCUGCCACUUCCUCUCCCUCAUCUAGCCCACCUCUAGCUGAAAGGAAAUCUCCAGUGGCUCGCGAAACACCAUUGCAGGAUCCCGCUCAUUUCCUGGAGCUGCUGGCCAGCUCGCAGGCCCGUCGUCUGGACGACCAACGAGUCAGCCUGAGCCAUUUUCCUGGCUUGAGACUCAGCACUUGCGACCGGCCCAGUACACCCUCCACCUCCAGCGAAAACCAAGAGCCUUUGCAAGCCCCCAGUUCCAGUGCCGAUCCGGCUCACACCCCCUCCCAAUACAGCUGCAUCCAGACCACCCUUAACCAGCCCGAGGGGGACGAUGUCUUCUUUGACAUGCUAGUCAAGUGCCAGGGUUCCAGACUGAAUGACCAAAGGUGUGCGGCUCCUCCCUCUGCCACACGAGGCCCAACUGUCCCAGACGAGGAUUUCUUUAGUCUCAUUUUACGUUCACAAUCAAACAGGAUGGAGGAACAGCGGGUGGUGCCGCCGUCUGACGUCAGUCCGUCCAAACCAGACUGAUGUCAUGGAACAACUUCAUUUUUAUUAUUUUUUUUACUUGUAGGAUUUAAAAUGCUGACCGUCUGACCUCCCUAAUUGGUUUCCCUCAUAAUCCUGGCUCGAUCAAAACGGAACAGAAAACAUCAAGUAGUGGUUUCCAAUGAUCCGUCAUAGGGCGUAUGACAUUUCACCAAUACGUACAGAGUUGUCUCUGGUUAAGCGGCAGACUAGUGCCUCUCAAUGACAAUGAAAAGGGCAAAAGGAAAGGAAGAAGGCAAUUUUGAACCUGACUUUGGACACUGAAAGGCCUUGGCUGGAUGGAUGGCCGGCCGGCCGGCUGGCUGGAUGGAUGGAUGGCCGGCUGGCUCACUAUAUAGCCUGUGUUUGCCAAUGCACAUGUUUUGGAUUGGUAAAAGAUUUGCUUUUGGAUGAAUGUUAUUUAAGUGUUCUUUUCUGGACAUAUGGGGGUGAGUGAGGCCGCUUUCUCCGUUUCCCCAGCGACGAAUCAUUUGGCAAAGGCUUGUCGGAGCAUGUACUGUACCCAAAUGUUUCUUUGCCAGGAAUUCGUCUUUCUGAAGUAUUUAAGCAUGUACUGCACAUUUAGUAAGUGCCAUCUGCCAUGAGCAAUGAUUUGCUUCUAUAAGGAAGGACCUUAACUACGUUUUGAAUUUUCCACUGAUAAGGUCACAAAACUAACACCAGAAAAAAUCAACUCCUUUUAUUCUGAUCUAUUCAUAUAUGAUUCCUUUAUAAAGUGACAUGUCAUAAA